CUGAGAUUUUGGUGUCCCCACUGACUUAGCAACAUGGGGACAAUGGGUCCAGUUCUCUGGAUCCUCAGCACCUUGACUGUUACCUGCUUAGCAAACAUGAGCCCACAAGGAUUAAACCCGGCACAUAAUGACCAAGUCUGCAGCACCUGGGGUAAUUUCCACUUCAAGACAUUUGAUGGAGACAUCUUUCAGUUCCCUGGUACCUGCAAUUAUGUCUUUGCCUCCCACUGUAAGACUACCUAUGAGGACUUCAACAUUCAGAUCCGGCGCACACCUUCUGAAGAGAGGGCUACAAUUACCUACGUUACUAUGAAGAUAGAAGGUCUAGUUAUUGAACUGGAAAAAGGACAAGUCCUUGUAGGAGGGGAAAGGGUUACUCUUCCAUACACUCAGUUUGGGGUGCAUAUAGAGAUCAAUAGCAUUUAUGUGAAGGUGUCAGCUAAAUUGGGGCUGGUCCUCUUGUGGAAUGAAGAUGAUGCUUUAUCGCUCGACCUGCAGCCCAAAUACUUUAAUAGCACAUGUGGUUUGUGUGGAAAUAUGAAUCGGGUGAAGCAGGAUUUAUUUAAAGUAAAUGGCAUUGAGCUGUCGCCUCUGCAGUUUGGAAACCUACAAAAGCUGGAUGGACCCACAGAGCAAUGUAAUGAUGUCACACCAUCUCCACCCAAAAACUGCAGUGACCUGGUAGAGGCCUGCUCCCGCAUGCUGUCCAAUCCAGCAUUUGCUGAUUGUGAACUGCGCAUGCCAUUGGAACCAUAUGUACAAUCCUGUGUAUUGGACCUGUGUAACUGCCAGAAUUCCUCAGAUGUCACCUGUCUGUGUGAUACCUUGGCUGAGUACUCCCGGCAGUGUGCUCAUGCUGGUGGAAAGCCCAAGAAUUGGAGAUCCCAUCAAAUAUGUCAGAGAUCCUGUCCAAUGAACAUGACAUAUGAGGAAUGUGGCUCACCCUGUGCUGACACUUGCUCAAAUUCUGAUCGAAAAACGACCUGUGCUGAUCACUGCAUAGAUGGCUGCUUCUGUCCUCCAGGAACUGUAUUCGAUGAUAUGAACAACAGAGGCUGUGUUCCCCUCAGUGAAUGUUCCUGUACCUACAAUAAUAAGAAUUAUGCCGUUGGAGAAUCCUACAGUACCAACUGCCGCAACUGCACCUGUGUUGGAGGACAGUGGAGUUGUCAGGCUUUGCCAUGUCCUGGUUACUGUUCUCUUCAAGGAGGAUCUCACAUCUUCACCUACGAUGGAAGCCACUACAAUUUCCAUGGAGACUGCAGUUAUGUCUUUACUAAGGACUGUGUCGGAAACACAUUCACGGUGCUGGCGGAACUACAUACAUGUGGUGUGACCGAUACUGAGACCUGUCUGAAGAGCAUCACUUUAUCCAUGGACAAAGGACAAACUGUUGUCACAGUCAAGUCUUCAGGAACUGUGUUGAUUAAUGGAAUCUAUGCUCAGAUCCCUAUGACAACAGAAAAUAUUACUGUGUUCCAAGCUUCUACUUUCUACCUGAUCAUUCAGAGCUUUAGUGGAUUGCAAAUUCAGGUCCAGCUUACCCCAGUCAUGCAGCUCUAUGUGACCCUGGAAUCUGAAUACCAAGGAAACACAUGCGGUCUUUGUGGAGACUUUAACAAUGUCCGUACAGAUGAUUUCCGAUCUCUGAGUGGAGCUAUGGAGGGCACCGCCGCUGCUUUUGCUAACACAUGGAAAAGUCAAGCUGAUUGCGACAAUAUAAAAGACAGCUAUAAUAAUCCAUGUUCACUAAGUGUGGAGAAUGAGAAAUAUGCCCAGCACUGGUGCUCAAUGCUCACGGAUGCCAACGGACCCUUUGCCCCUUGCCAUGCAGUUGUGAAUCCCACUCUCUAUGAGAAGAACUGUAUGUAUGACAGCUGUAACUAUGAGAAGAGUGAGGACAGUGUAUGUGCAGCAAUGUCAUUCUAUGUUCAUGCUUGUGCUGUCGAAGGAAUAAGUCUGAAUGGAUGGAGGACAACUGUCUGUGGCAAUUAUACCAAGAACUGUCCCAAGAACACUACCUACCAAUACUCCAUAAGCAGCUGCCAGCCAACCUGCCGUUCUCUGAGUGAGCCUGACCCCACCUGUAGUGUCAGUUUCCCUCCUGUGGAUGGCUGUGGAUGUCCAAAUGGCACAUAUUUGGAUGAGAGUGGCUCUUGCGUGCCAGACCAUAAUUGCCCUUGUUACUACAAGGGUACCCCAAUGCCAGCAGGAGAGGUCAUUUAUGACAACGGCGCCAUGUGCACAUGCCAGAGUGGUAGACUGCAAUGUGUUGGGAAAACCCUAAGUCCUGCUGAAUGCCCUGAAAACAUGGUGUAUUUUGAUUGUGCAAAUGCUUCUAUGGGUGCCAGAGGGGCAGAGUGUCAGAAGACGUGCCAUACCCUCGACAUGGACUGUAUAAGUAUUCAGUGUGCUUCUGGUUGUAUCUGCCCUGAUGGCCUUGUGCUCAAUAACAAUGGCAGUUGUGUGCCUGAGGAGCAGUGUCCUUGCAUGCACAAUGGGGAAAUGUACCACAGUGGAGAGACUAUUCAGCAAGACUGCAAUACUUGCGUUUGUAAAGACCGCAAGUGGAAUUGCACAAACAAAGCAUGUCACAGAUCCUGUGUUGUGUACGGUGAAGGCCAUUAUAAAACCUUUGAUGGCAAACAGUUCCAUUUUAGUGGAGACUGUGAAUACACACUGACUCAGGACUAUUGUGCUUCAAACACAGGAAAUGGGUCAUUCCGGGUCAUUACUGAGAAUAUCCCAUGUGGCAGCACGGGUGCAACAUGCUCUAAGUCUAUCAAAGUAUUCCUUGGGAAUUUUGAGUUGCAACUGAGUGAAGGAGGCUUUGAUGUAAUUGAAAGAGACAUCGGCAGUGAGGUUCCAUACCAGAUUAGACAAAUGGGCAUCUACUUAGUGAUCGAAGCUAAGAAUGGAUUGAUCCUAAUUUGGGACAAGAAGACUAGCAUCAUGAUCAAACUGAGCCCUGAAUUUCAGGGAAAUGUCUGUGGUCUUUGUGGCAAUUAUGACGGAAGUGUGUACAAUGAGUUGACAACAAGAAGCCAGUCCGUGGUGGUCAACGUUCAAGAAUUUGGAAACAGCUGGAAAGAGUCUCCAACCUGUCCGGAUGCCCAGCCUCUUCGACACCCUUGUGUUGCUAACCCAUACAGACAGAGCUGGGCUCAGAAACACUGCAGCGUUAUCAUAAGUUCUGUCUUCGCCAAAUGCCAGUCUAAAGUUGACCCAACUACCUUCUAUGAAGCUUGUGUCCAUGACUCCUGUGCAUGUGACUCUGGAGGAGAUUGCGAGUGCUUCUGUACAGCUGUUGCAGCCUAUGCUGCAGCUUGCAAUGACGCAGGAAUUUGCAUAGCAUGGAGGACCCCUGAAAUUUGCCCUUUGUUCUGUGAUUACUACAACCCUGAUGGUGAGUGUGAAUGGCAUUACAAGCCUUGUGGAGCUCCUUGUAUGAAGACCUGUCGGAAUCCUUCUGGGAACUGCAAGAAUCAGCUGCCUGGACUUGAAGGAUGUUACCCAAAAUGCCCCAAGGACCGUCCUUUCUUUGAUGAAGAUGUCAUGAAAUGCGUUGCCCAGGCUAACUGCGGCUGUUAUGAUGAUGAUGGAAAACGCUACAGUAUUGGGAAUAUGGUUCCAUCUGUCAAGAAUUGUGAAUCAUGCAUUUGCACCAAGAAAGGACGUCGCUGCCAAAUGGACCUCCGAGCCUGCUAUUGCUAUUAUGGAAACAUGAAAUACAACUAUGGGGAUGUAAUCUACAACACUACUGAUGGAAUUGGAGGAUGCAUUACAGCAACCUGUUCAACAAAUGGAACAAUUAAUAGAAGUGUCUACCCAUGUGUUCCAUCAACUGUGGCCCCUAGCACAACAUUCUUCUUUAAUGCAACAACAUCACCUGCUGUAAACCUCUCUACUACUGAACCUGUGUCCGUGACCUCUGUAUCUUGUCUUGAGGAGGUUUGCAAAUGGUCAACAUGGUAUGAUGCUACUUGCCCUAAGUAUGGGGAGAAUGAUGGGGACUUUGAAACCUUUGAAAAGAUUAGAGAAACAGGACACACAGUGUGUAAAGUGCCAUCAGAUGUGGAGUGUCGAGCACAGAAGUUCCCUAAAAUUCCUGUCAGGGAUUUAGGUCAGAUCAUCCAGUGUAAUAAAUCAGUGGGUCUUGUGUGUCGAAACAAAGACCAAUUCUCACAGCUUUGCUUCAAUUAUGAAAUUCGGAUUCUGUGCUGUAGUUACGUUCCUUGUGGACAGUCUUCCAUUUCCCCAACACCUGGUGCCAGUACAUAUUCACAACCUUCAUCUAUGACCUCCAGUUUUGCAAAGACUUUAAGCACCACUGCCAGCCAUUCUUCUAAAACAAGUACAGUUAAAAGCAAGACAACCUCUCCAAAAACAGCAGGCACAUCAACCACAAAAUCUAGUAUCAAAACCAGCACUACACCAUGCAAGAACCAAAUAUGUACUUGGACUCCAUGGUACGAUGUACAUUUUCCCAGUAUUGCCAGUUCUGAUGGUGACUUUGAGACCUUUGAAAAUAUCAAAGCUGCUGGUAAUAGUAUAUGUCAAAAGCCUGAAAACAUUGAAUGUCGAGCUGAGAGAUUUCCUACAAAAAACAUAACUGAGAUCGGCCAGGUGGUUACCUGUAAUGUUAAAAAUGGUCUGAUCUGCAAAAACCAGGAUCAAGACUGGAAUUUUCCCCUGUGUUACAAUUAUCAAGUUAGGGUACUAUGUUGUUCUUUGGAAGAUUGUGACUCAUCUACUACACAUGUUAAGAUGACAACCAGAAGUUCUGAAGAAACUUCUAAAUUUGGAAAAACUACCAUAUUUUCUACUCGAAAUAUAAUUACAUCAAAGCAUGUUACUGAUAUGGAAAGCAAAACUUCAACAUCACAUAAGGAAACUAAAAGCACAACUAUGCCAAUAAAGUCCACACCUCAAACGCCAAUUUCAGUGAAAACUACUAGAGUUCCUGCUACAUCUGUUGAAGUAACAUCCACAAGGUCAACAACACCUGUGAGGAAGACUACUACUGGUGAAGCACAUUCUAAAUCAACAACGCAGUUCCCUAAAUCAACAACAAAGGCCUCACAUGAACAAGAGACUUCAUCUCAAAAGCCUAUUUCAACAAAAACCACCAGAGUGUCUACUGCAUCUGGUGAAGUGACCUCACACAAGGCAACCACAGUGGUUAAGAAGAGUACUACUUCUUCUAAAUCAACAACAGGUUUCCAUAAAUCAACAACUGAGUUCUCACAUAAAGAAACGUCCACACCUCAAAAGCCAAUUUCUGUGAAAACCACUACAAUACCUACUACAUCUGUUGAAGUAACAUCCGCAAGGUCAACUACACCUCUGAGGAAGAGUACUACUGGCCAAGUGUAUUCUAAACCAACAACAAAAUCCUCACAUGAAGAAGCGACUACAUUUCAAAAGUCCACUUCACUGAAAACCACUAGGGUGUCUACUGAAUCUGGUGAAGUAUCAUCAACCAAGGCUACAACACCUAUUAAGAAAAGUACUUCUGAAAGUACUUCCAAAGUUCUUACUUUUGGAGUCACUUCUUCUGAGACAGACUGUAAACCCAUAUGUGAUUGGUCACAAUGGUUUGAUGUUAGUUUCCCAAAUGAAGAAACAAAUGGAGACUUUGAAACUUAUGAAAACAUUCGAAAUUCUGGAUUUAGUAUCUGUGAAGAACCAUCUGAUAUCCAGUGCAGGCCUGCUGACUUUCCAGAGAUACCAAUAGAAGACUUACAGCAGAAUUUGCAGUGCAAUGUCAGCAGCGGUCUUACAUGUUACAAUGAUGAACAAAACGGACCAUUUGCCUUCUGCUUUAAUUAUGAAAUUAGAAUUUUCUGCUGUUCUAAAUGUGCAUCAACAAGUUUUACAGCUUCGUCACCAUUAUACCCAACUGAAACAGUUUCUGUAACACCUUUUUCAUUGACUGUAUCUACUUCAUCUGAAGAAAUCGAAUCUUCAGAAGCAACUACAAACAUUGCAGUAAGCAAGAGUACUAGCACUUUAGCUUCUCCAAUAUAUACAGGAUCGCAAAAGACAACAGAAGAAUCUUCACAGGAAGAAGUAACCAGUACUAAAAAGCCAGUUUCCAUAAAAAUUACAGAAUCUGCUGCAGCAACAAGUAAGAAGAUAACAACACCGACAAAAUUAAGUACAACCAACCCAAUAAUUUCCAAGAUCUCAACUGCAUCUACACAAGGUCUUCUUCUGACAACUGAGUCAGAAGAGGAAGCAACUUCAGUAAAGUUAAUUUCAGUGAAAACUACUAAAGUUGCUACCCUGCCAAUGGAACUAAUAUCAACCAAGGAAACUACUUCAAGCAGGUUAACAACCACACAGACUACAAGUUCCCAUACACCAACAACUGAAUAUUUUAAUGAUGAAGGCAAAACAUCUCAAAAAAUAACAACAAUUUCUAUGAAAACUACAACAUCUAAUAAAGUAACAACUAUGUCAACAACACCUGUUAAAAAGAUAACUACUUUAGCAACAUCAGUUUUUUACCAACCAACAACUGAAUCCUAUGAAAAGGAGACCACAUCUCAAAAGCUUACUUCACUGAAAACCACUAAAGAAUCAACUGCAUCUGGUGAAGUAACAUCAAGAAGGAGCACUACUGGAGCUGUUGCUUCUUCUAAAUCAACAACAGGAUUUCACAAAUCAACAACCGAGUCCUCACAUGAAGAGGAGACCACAUCUCAAAAGCCCACUUCACUGAAAACCACCAGAGUGUCUACUUCCUCUGGUGAAGUAACAUCAAACAAAGCAACCACACCUCUUAUAAAAAGCACCACUAGAGCUGCUUCUUCUAAAUCAACAACAGGUUUUAACAAAUCAACAACUGAGUCCUCACAUGAAGAGGAGACCACAUCUCAAAAGCCUACUUCACUGAAAACCACCAGAGUGUCUACUGCAUCUGGUGAAACAACAUCAACCAGGGCAACCACACCUCUUAAGAAGAGCACAACUGGAGAAGCUACUUCUAAAUCAACAACAGGUUUUCACAAAUCAACAACCGAGUCCUUCCAUGAAGAGGAGACCACAUCUCAAAAGCCCACUUCACUGAAAACAACCAGGGUGUCUACUGCAUCUGGUGAGGUAACAUCGAACAAAGCAACAACACCUCUGAAGAAGAGCACUACUGAAAUGGCUUCUUCUAAAUCAACAACAGGUUUUCACAAAUCAACAACUGAGUCCUCGCAUGAAGAGCAGACCACAUCUCAAAAGCCCACUACAGUGAAAACCACUAGGAUGUCUACUGCAUCUGGGGAAACAACAUCAACCAGGGCAACUACACCUCUGAAGAAGAGCACAACUGGAGCAGUUACUUCUAAAUCAACAACAGGUUUUCACAAAUCAACAACCGAGUCCUCACAUGAAGAGGAGACCACAUCUCAAAAGCCUACUUCACUGAAAACCACCAGAGUGACUACUGCAUCUGGUGAAAUAACAUCAACCAGGGCAACCACACCUCUAAAGAAGAGCACAACUGGAGCAGCUACUUCUAAAUCAACAACAGGUUUCCCCAAAUCAACAACCGAGUCUUCGCAUGAAGAGGAAACCACAUCUCAAAAGCCCACUUCACUGAAAACCACCAGAGUGUCUACUGCAUCUGGUGAAACAACAUCAACCAGAGCAACAACACCUCUUAAGAAGAGCACAACUGGAGCAGCUACUUCUAAAUCAACAACAGGUUUUAACAAAUCAACACCCGAGUCCUCCCAUGAAGAGGAGACCACAUCUCAAAAGCCCACUACACUGAAAACCACCAGGGUGUCUACUGCAUCUGGUGAGGUAACAUCAAACAAAGCAACAACACCUCUGAAGAAGAGCACUACUGAAAUGGCUUCUUCUAAAUCAACAACAGGUUUUCACAAAUCAACAACUGAGUCCUCGCAUGAAGAGCAGACCACAUCUCAAAAGCCCACUACAGUGAAAACCACUAGGAUGUCAACUGCAUCUGGUGAAACAACAUCAACCAGGGCAACCACACCUCUUAAGAAGAGCACAACUGGAGAAGCUACUUCUAAAUCAACAACAGGUUUUCACAAAUCAACACCCGAGUCCUCCCAUGAAGAGGAGACCACAUCUCAAAAGCCCACUUCACUGAAAACCACCAGGGUGUCUACUGCAUCUGGUGAGGUAACAUCAAACAAAGCAACAACACCUCUGAAGAAGAGCACUAUUGAAAUGGCUUCUUCUAAAUCAACAACAGGUUUUCACAAAUCAACAACUGAGUCCUCACAUGAAGAGCAGACAUCUCAAAAGCCCACUACAGUGAAAACCACUAGGAUGUCUACUGUAUCUGGUGAAACAACAUCAACCAGGGCAACUACACCUCUUAAGAAGAGCACAACAGGAGAAGCUACUUCUAAAUCAACAACAGGUUUUCACAAAUCAACAACUGAGUCCUCGCAUGAAGAGCAGACCACAUCUCAAAAGCCCACUACAGUGAAAACCACUAGGAUGUCUACUGCAUCUGGUGAAACAACAUCAACCAGAGCAACCACACCUCUUAAGAAGAGCACAACUGGAGAAGCUACUUCUAAAUCAACAACAGGUUUUCACAAAUCAACAACUGAGUCCUCGCAUGAAGAGCAGACCACAUCUCAAAAGCCCACUACAGUGAAAACCACUAGGAUGUCAACUGCAUCUGGUGAAACAACAUCAACCAGGGCAACCACACCUCUUAAGAAGAGCACAACUGGAGAAGCUACUUCUAAAUCAACAACAGGUUUUCACAAAUCAACACCCGAGUCCUCCCAUGAAGAGGAGACCACAUCUCAAAAGCCCACUUCACUGAAAACCACCAGGGUGUCUACUGCAUCUGGUGAGGUAACAUCAAAGAAAGCAACCACACCUCUGAAGAAGAGCACUACUGAAAUGGCUUCUUCUAAAUCAACAACAGGUUUUCACAAAUCAACAACUGAGUCCUCACAUGAAGAGCAGACAAAAUCUCAAAAGCCCACUACAGUGAAAACUACUAGGAUGUCUACUGUAUCUGGUGAAACAACAUCAACCAGGGCAACUACACCUCUUAAGAAGAGCACAACUGAAGAAGCUACUUCUAAAUCAACAACAGGUUUUCACAAAUCAACAACUGAGUCCUCGCAUGAAGAGCAGACCACAUCUCAAAAGCCCACUACACUGAAAACCACCAGGGUGUCUACUGCAUCUGGUGAGGUAACAUCAAACAAAGCAACAACACCUCUGAAGAAGAGCACUACUGAAAUGGCUUCUUCUAAAUCAACAACAGGUUUUCACAAAUCAACAACUGAGUCCUCACAUGAAGAGAAGACCACAUCUCAAAAGCCCACUACAGUGAAAACCACUAGGAUGUCUACUGCAUCUGGUGAAACAACAUCAACCAGGGCAACAACACCUCUUAAGAAGAGCACAACUGGAGCAGCUACUUCUAAAUCAACAACAGGUUUUCACAAAUCAACAACCGAGUCCUCACAUGAAGAGGAGACCACAUCUCAAAAGCCCACUACACUGAAAACCACCAGGGUGUCUACUGCAUCUGGUGAGGUAACAUCAAACAAAGCAACAACACCUCUGAAGAAGAGCACUACUGAAAUGGCUUCUUCUAAAUCAACAACAGGUUUUCACAAAUCAACAACUGAGUCCUCGCAUGAAGAGCAGACCACAUCUCAAAAGCCCACUACAGUGAAAACUACUAGGAUGUCUACUGUAUCUGGUGAAACAACAUCAACCAGGGCAACUACACCUCUUAAGAAGAGCACAACUGAAGAAGCUACUUCUAAAUCAACAACAGGUUUUCACAAAUCAACAACUGAGUCCUCGCAUGAAGAGCAGACCACUUCUCAAAAGCCCACUACACUGAAAACCACCAGGGUGUCUACUGCAUCUGGUGAGGUAACAUCAAACAAAGCAACAACACCUCUGAAGAAGAGCACUACUGAAAUGGCUUCUUCUAAAUCAACAACAGGUUUUCACAAAUCAACAACUGAGUCCUCACAUGAAGAGCAGACCACAUCUCAAAAGCCCACUACAGUGAAAACCACUAGGAUGUCUACUGCAUCUGGUGAAACAACAUCAACCAGGGCAACAACACCUCUUAAGAAGAGCACAACUGGAGCAGCUACUUCUAAAUCAACAACAGGUUUUCACAAAUCAACAACCGAGUCCUCACAUGAAAAGGAGACCACAUCUCAAAAGCCCACUACACUGAAAACCACCAGGGUGUCUACUGCAUCUGGUGAGGUAACAUCAAACAAAGCAACAACACCUCUGAAGAAGAGCACUACUGAAAUGGCUUCUUCUAAAUCAACAACAGGUUUUCACAAAUCAACAACUGAGUCCUCGCAUGAAGAGCAGGCCACAUCUCAAAAGCCCACUACAGUGAAAACCACUAGGAUGUCAACUGCAUCUGGUGAAACAACAUCAACCAGGGCAACCACACCUCUUAAGAAGAGCACAACUGGAGAAGCUACUUCUAAAUCAACAACAGGUUUUCACAAAUCAACACCCGAGUCCUCGCAUGAAGAGCAGACCACAUCUCAAAAGCCCACUACACUGAAAACCACCAGGGUGUCUACUGCAUCUGGUGAGGUAACAUCAAACAAAGCAACAACACCUCUGAAAAAGAGCACUACUGAAAUGGCUUCUUCUAAAUCAACAACAGGUUUUCACAAAUCAACAACUGAGUCCUCGCAUGAAGAGCAGACCACAUCUCAAAAGCCCACUACAGUGAAAACCACUAGGAUGUCUACUGCAUCUGGUGAAACAACAUCAAGCAGGGCAACAACCCCUCUUAAGAAGAGCACAACUGGAGCAGCUACUUCUAAAUCAACAACAGGUUUUCACAAAUCAACAACCGAGUCCUCACAUGAAGAGGAGACCACAUCUCAAAAGUCCACUUUACUGAAAACCACCAGGGUGUCUACUGCCUCUGGUGAAGUAACAUCAAACAAAGCAACCACACCUCUGAAGAAGAGCACUACUGAAGUGGCUUCUUCUAAAUCAACAACAGGUUUUCACAAAUCAACAACUGAGUCCUCACAUGAAGAGCAGACCACAUCUCAAAAGCCCACUACAGUUAAAACCACUAGGAUGUUUACUGCAUCUGGUGAAACAACAUCAACCAGAGCAACAACACCUCUUAAGAAGAGCACAACUGGAGCAGCUACUUCUAAAUCAACAACAGGUUUUUACAAAUCAACAACCGAGUCCUCACAUGAAGAGGAGACCACAUCUCAAAAGCCCACUUCACUGAAAACCACCAGGGUGUCUACUGCAUCUGGUGAAGUAACAUCAAACAAAGCAACCACACCUCUGAAGAAGAGCACUACAGAAGUGGCUUCUUCUAAAUCAACAACAGGUUUUCAAAAAUCAACAACUGAGUCCUCACAUGAAGAGGAGACCACAUCUCAAAAGCCCACUUCACUGAAAACCACCAGGGUGUCUACUGCAUCUGGUGAAGUAACAUCAAACAAAGCAACCACAUCUCUGAAGAAGAGCACUACUGAAGUGGCUUCUUCUAAAUCAACAACAGGUUUUCACAAAUCAACAACCGAGUCCUCACAUGAAGAGCAGAGCACAUCUCAAAAGCCCACUACAGUGAAAACCACUAGGAUGUCUACUGCAUCUGGUGAAACAACAUCAACCAGGGCAACAACACCUCUUAAGAAGAGCACAUUUGGAGCAGCUACUUCUAAAUCAACAACAGGUUUUCACAAAUCAACAACUGAGUCCUCACAUGAAGAAGGGACCACAUCUCAAAAGCCCACUUCACUGAAAACCACCAGAGUGACCACUGCAUCUGGUGAAAUAACAUCAAACAAAGCAACCACACCUCUGAAGAAGAGCACUACUGAAGUGGCUUCUUCUAAAUCAACAACAGGUUUUCACAAAUCAACAACUGAGUCCUUACAUGAAGAGCAGACUACAUCUCAAAAGCCCACUACAGUGAAAACUACUAGGAUGUCUACUGCAUCUGGUGAAACAACAUCAAGCAGGGCAACAACACCUCUUAAGAAGAGCACAACUGGAGCAGCUACUUCUAAAUCAUCAACAGGUUUUCACAAGUCAACAACCGAGUCCUCACAUGAAGAGGAGACCACAUCUCAAAAGCUCACUUCACUGAAAACCACCAGGGUGUCUACUGCAUCUGGUGAAGUAACAUCAAACAAAGCAACAACACCUCUGAAGAAGAGCACUACUGAAGUGGCUUCUUCUAAAUCAACAACAGGUUUUCACAAAUCAACAACUGAGUCCUCACAUGAAGAAGGGACCACAUCUCAAAAGCCCACUUCACUGAAAACCACCAGAGUGACCACUGCAUCUGGUGAAAUAACAUCAAGCAAAGCAACCACACCUCUUACAAAAAGCACAGGAUCUGCUUCUUCUAAAUCAACAACAGGUUUUCACAAAUCAUCACCCAAGUCUUCGCAUGAAGAAGAAACCACAUCUCAAAAGUCAACUACUCUGAAAACCACUAGGGUGUCUACUGCUUCUGGUGAAAAAACCUCAACCACAUCUCUGAAGAAGAGCACUGCCGAAGUGACUUCUUUAAAAUCAACAACAGGUUUUCACAAAUCAACAACUGAGUUCUCGCAUGAAGAGAAGACCACAUCUCAAAUGCCUUCUUCACUGAAAACAACUAGGGUGUCUACUGCCUCUGGUGAAGUAACAUCAACCAAGGCAACAACACCAUUGAAGAAGACCACCACUGGAGCUGCUUCUUCUAAAUCAACAACAGGUUUUCACAAAUCAACAACCGAGUCCUCGCAUGAAGAGAAGACCACAUCUCAAAAGCCUGCUACACUGAAAACAACGUGGGUGUCUACUGCAUAUGGUGAAAAUACAUCAAGAAAAGAAACAACACCUCUUAAGAAAAGUACUACUGAAACAGCUUCUUCUAAAUCAACAACUCAUUUUUAUGAAUCAACAACCAAAUUCUUACAUGAGGAGAGCACAUCUCAAAAGCCCACAUCACAGAAAACUAGUAAAGUGACCUCUCCAUCUAGUGAGGUAACAUUUACUAAGUCAACUACACCAACCAAAACAAGUACUACAGGGCAAACUUUGCCUAAAUCAACAGCACAAUCAACAACUGAGCCAUUUUCUGUAAAAACCACUAAAAUGUUUACUUCAUCUAAUGAUGUAGCAUCUAGUAAGACAACUGCAGGAAUCAAGGAAAGUACAACACAUUUCGAUAAAUCAACAACCACGUUUUUACAUGGUGAAACCACAUCUGAAAAACCUAGCUCAACUACUAAAGAAUCUACUGUUUCUACUAAAUUUUAUACUAUAUCUGCUAAAGACACAGCAACAUAUAGUAAAACAAGUACAAUAACGCCAACAACUAAACAGUCAUCUACUGGUUAUCUUAAGUCAACUGUUACAUCUACAAGUAAGGAAAACAGUUCUGGCCUCCCUACUAAAACUACCAAAAGCAUACCAUCAUCGACAGCUGAGAAAGUGAGCACCUCUGGGGGCUUUGAAAGUUUCAAAACUUCACCAAAAACAACAGCUGAAAAAACAUUUUUCACCACCAAAUGCAUGUGUAAUGUUAACGGAGUGUUGGUUUCACCUGGCCAAAUAUUAUACAACACAACUGACAAUGGAGGAUGGUGUUUUUACGCCCGCUGCAACGAUAGUUGCCAGGUGGAGAGGUACAGCAAAGAAUGCUAUAGUUCUACUACACCAACCAUCGCAAGCAGUACCAAGACCGCAAAGACAGUUACAGCCAGUACUGUUACUGCAACUUCCAAAAAGACAAGUAGUACAACAAUGAAUGAGAAGAGCACAAAAACUUCAUAUACACAGACCUCAACUCCAGCCAGUAGCACCGGCUCAUAUGAAUGUGGCGCUUUAAUGCCUCCAAGAAAGAUAAAUGAAACAUGGAUGAUAGACAGCUGCACAAAGGCAACUUGCACCGGUGGAAAUAAUAUCGCUAUCACGAAGACACAGUGUCCACUCAUUAAGGAUGUAGUCUGUGCCAACCGUAUGCCACCAAAGAACGUCUAUGAUGAAAGUGGUUGCUGCUAUCAGAAACAAUGUGAAUGUAUCUGUGGUGGAUGGGGAACAUCACAUUACAUCACUUUUGACGGUACCUACUAUGACUUCACUGGGCAGUGCACAUACGUCCUUGUUCAGCAGAUUACACCACGUUUUGAUCAUUUCCGGGUUUAUAUAGACAACUUCUCAUGUCUCCCAGAAGACCCCACCUGUGUUAAGAGUCUUCGUAUUAUGUACAAUAAGGACAAUAUAUUGUUAACAUCCCAAGAAGUGAAAGGACAGCCAGUGGGCAAGGUAUAUUUCAACGAUGAGAGAGUAUAUCCCACACUGAGUAGAAAUGGUAUUCAAAUCAGCUACACUGGUAUAUUUUUGAUUGUUGAGAUACCAGAGCUUGGCGCAUACAUCUCUUUUAAUGUUCUCAGUUUUACAAUUAAGCUGCCAAUGGACAAGUUUUCAAACAACACUGAAGGUCAUUGUGGAAAAUGUUCCAAUAAUCGCAAUGAUGACUGUAUCCUGCCUAAUGGACAGUUGGCUCCAUCAUGUACUCAGAUGGCAGGACAGUGGGGUGCCCCAAGCCAGAAUUCUUCUACUUCUUGCAGUGCUUCAUCUACCAGUGCACCAUCAACAACCAGACCAACAAUCCCAUCAUCUACCCGAGCAUCCUCAUAUUUCUCCACUCUACGUUCCACUUUGCCCCAGACAUCCUCAUCACGUAUUCCAUCUACUGAAUUGUCCCAUCUAUCAUCUACAUAUAGUUCAACCUCUCUUCUAUCAUCUACAUACACUUCAACCUCUAUUCUACCAUCUACAUAUAGUUCAACCAUGCGUCCAACUGAGAAGCCAUGCAAUCCUCCAGACCUUUGUAGAAUUAUCAUAAGCAGUGUCUUCGAGUCAUGCCACAACAUUGUACCACCAGAACCAUUCUACCAGUCCUGUGUUAGUGAUGGCUGCAACAAUCCUGAGGGAUCACUUCUUUGUUCCAGCUUGCAGACGUAUGCAAUGUUUUGUUCUCUAGAGGGCAUAUGUGUGGAUUGGAGAAACAGCACCAACGGUACCUGUGCUAAAAAUUGUUCCUCUGAUAUGGUCUAUAAGGCAUGUGGAUCUCCAGUGGAACCAACGUGCAACUCCAAGAACGAUCAAAUGUCAGAUUCUGAAAAUGACAACCUAGGUUACGUUGAAGGAUGUUUCUGCCCCGAGGGCACUACAAGAUUCAGCUCUACCUCCAAUAAAUGUGUCUCUAGAUGUGGAUGCACUGGCCCUGAUGGAAUGCCAAGAGAGGCUGGAGAUACUUGGGACAGUAAUUGUCAGACAUGUAUUUGUGAUAAUGCCACUAUGACUGUGAUGUGUGCACCAAAAUCUUGCAUGGAACCAACCCCUGCAGUGUGCACUGAAGAAGGCUCUAUGUCUGUGUCUGUGACUGAUCCUGAAAACCCCUGCUGCCAGACUACAGAGUGCAGAUGUAACAUCAGCCUCUGCACAGUUGACCAGGAGACUUGUGAGCUUGGAUAUGACCUUGUAACAGAGAUAAUUGAUGGAAAAUGCUGCCCUGUACAAAGAUGUGUGCCCAAAACCGUCUGUGUAUAUAACAACACUGAGUACCAGCCGGGAAGUAUAAUUUCUGAACCGACCAAAUGUCAAACAUGUAUGUGCAACGUAGACAUGGACCAGACGUCCCCAGGCCCACACAAUGUUACCUGCGCUUCUCUUCUAUGUGCUUUACACUGUGCAGAGGGCUAUGAAUAUAAGAAUGUCCCAGGCCAGUGCUGUGGAAAGUGUGUCCAAACUCAUUGUAUAAUGCAACUACCUGAUAACUCUACAGAACUGCUGAAGCCUGGAGAGAAAAUGUCUCAUCCUGGAGACAACUGCACUAACUAUGAAUGUGUAAUGACCAAAGGCAACUUGAUGCCCUUGGCUUCUAAAAUAUCCUGUCCAAAAAUCAACAUUGAUGACUGCCAGUCGGGUACAAUUAAAACAGACGCCAGCGGCUGUUGUCUAACCUGUAUCCAGAAGCCAAAUAAUUGCCAGAUAAAAGAGACAAAGAAUAUUAUUCUUGAGGAUGGAUGCACAUCCAUCUCCCCUGUUGUGAUGUCCUACUGCCAAGGAGGCUGUGACAGUUAUUCAAUGUAUUCUCAGAAAACGCGAACCAUGCAGAAAACCUGUACUUGCUGUCAAGAGAGUGAAACAGAAAAUGUCACAAUCACUUUAAAAUGCCCAACUGGUGAGCUAAAACAAUAUUCAUACAUUAAUGCCAAGAGCUGCGGUUGCCAUAAAACACGCUGCAUGGAGAAUCAUUCACAGGAUCACAAAAGUGAUGAGAAUUCAGAAGAGGACAAUGCAUUAGAAUCAAAAGAAAGUGAAGAAAAUAACAAAGGCAAAAAUAAAAAGUAUGUUACUGGAAAGUCAGAUAAGAUGGAAUCGAAAGAAAGCACAAGUGGAAAAGAUAACACCAACAAAAAUAAAAAGUAUGUUCCUGGAAAGUUAGAUAGGAUGGAAUCGAAAGAAAGCACAAGUGGAGAAAAUGAGGCCGACAAAAACAAAAUUCAUGUUAAUAGAAAACCAAAUAACUCAAAUUCAACAGAGCAUAGUUUAGAAUCAGAGUCAAAUGAAAAUAGCAAAGAUAUGAGUGAUAAAGGAAAACCAAUAAUCAAAGAUGUUAACAUUAAGCCUACAAAGAUGUCCAUACCAAUAUCCAUUGCCUUAGGUAUGAAUAUUAAAAAUGAUGCCAACAAAAACAAAAUCAAUGUUACUGGAAAGCCAGAUAGCAUGGAAUCGAAAGAAAGCGCAAGUGGAGAAAAUGGCAAAAGCCAUGAAAAUAGCAAAGAUAUGAAUGAGAAAGGAAUACCAAUAAUCAAAGAUGUUAACAUUAAGCCUACAAAGAUGUCCAUACCAGUAUCCAUUGCCUUAGGUGUGAAUAUUAACAAAGUACCACAAACCACACAAAAAACAGUAAAUUCUACAAAGAUGUCCAAGCCAGAGGCCACGCCCAUAGAGAUGAAGACUAAAACAGUACCACAAACCACACAGAAAGCUAUGAAGACAACCAAAGAUACAAAUCACGAUGGAAAGAAAACACAAAAACCUUGAAGAUAAAUAUUAAGAAAUGAUAAUAGCGCAAACACGCAUUUCCAAUCAGUUCUAAAUUAAUGUCAAUUAAUGUCUUUUCAUUUAUGGUGUACUGGGAAAAUUCAUUUUCAUCUUUGUCGUAUAUUCUAUUUAAAACUUUUAUCUAUUAAAUACUAAGCAAUGAGCAA